AGACAAAGCAUUCACAGCUAUCAACAUGCCUUCUCACGUUCACGAAAUCGGCAAAGUCCAUCGCAUCGCCUGCAUUCCCGGCGACGGCAUUGGUGUGGAGAUCACAGAAGCAGCCAUCCAGGUCCUCACCAAGCUAUCAGAGGUCGUUGGAGGAUUCCAGUUCGACUUUACCUCAUUCGACUGGAGCAGUAAAGCCUAUUUAGAGCGCGGCUGGUACAUGCCACCUGACGGUAUUGAGCAGCUCAAGAAGUUCGACGCCAUCUACUUCGGUGCUGUCGGCUGGCCAGACGUCCCAGAUCACAUCUCCCUCUGGAACCUGAUCCUACCCAUUCGCAAGGAGCUGAACCAGUACGUCAAUAGGCGACCAAACCGUAUCCUGGAGGGAACCAAGAGCCCGUUGGAGGGAUGCAAGAUUGGCGACCUCGACUGGAUGUUCAUCCGCGAGAACAGUGAGGGCGAGUACUCUGGCCAGGGCGGUAUCAGCAAUGAGAGCGCACCACACGCCAUGGCAACCGAGCUCACCGUCUACACCCGUGUAGGAACAGAACGAAUCAUGCGCUUUGCCUUCGAAACUGCACGCUCUCGGCCAAAGAAGCACCUCAUCCUCUGUACAAAGUCGAAUGCGAUGAGGCACGGCAUGGUGUUCUGGGACAGAAUCUUCUACGAGAUCGCCAAGGAGUACCCAGAUGUCAAGACCGAGAAGAUGCUGGUCGAUGCCAUUACCGUCCGCAUGGUCUUACACCCCAAGUCGAUGGACACCAUCGUCGCGACCAACUUGCAUGCCGACAUCCUGACUGAUCUCGCUGCAGCGUUGUCUGGAAGUAUUGGUAUUGCGCCGUCCAGCAACCUUGACCCUACACGGGCCAACCCCUCCAUGUUCGAGCCUAUUCAUGGAUCUGCGCCAGAUAUUGCUGGUAAGGGCAUCGCGAACCCAGUCGGAGCGUUCUGGAGUGCAGCGGAGAUGGUUCGGUGGGUUGGAGAAGAGAAGGGGGCCGAUGCGCUCAUGAAGGCAGUUGAGAACGUGACGGCGAGAGGUGUCAAGACCAAGGAUCUGGGUGGCAGCGAGAACACAAAGGGUGUUACCGAGGCUGUGUGCAAAGAGAUCGAGACUCUGUUCGGUAGCUCCUAGGCUCACAUUAGUACCAUGAAUGAUAGUAAUGAAUGUACACGUACCU